AUGACUCUGUCGAUUGAGCUCAAGACGCCUAUUACGGGCGCGUACCAGCAGCCCACUGGUUUGUGGAUCAACAACGAGUGGGUUGAGGGCGUUGACAAGAAGACAUUCGAGGUCAUCAACCCUUCCACAGAGGAGGUUAUUUGCUCCGUCGCCGAGGCCACCGAAAAGGAUGUAGACGUUGCCGUUGCCGCCGCCCGCAAAGCUUUUGAGGGCCCCUGGAAACAGGUCAACCCGCUAGAGCGUGCCAGACUCUUGAACAAGUUGGCCGAUAUCGCAGAGAAGAACACAGAUCUGUUGGCUGCCGUCGAGUCGCUUGACAAUGGCAAGUCGAUCAACAUGGCGAGAGGAGAUGUUGGCGCAGUGAUUGCCUGCUUGAGAUAUUAUGCUGGCUGGGCCGACAAGAUCACCGGCGAGACCCUCGACCUCAACCCCGAAACCUUUGCAUACACAAAGUCAGAACCUAUUGGUGUCUGUGCUCAGAUCAUCCCCUGGAACUUCCCUCUUCUCAUGUUCGCCUGGAAGAUCGGCCCUGCUUUGGCCACUGGAAACACAAUUGUCAUGAAGACUGCCGAGCAAACACCUCUCAGCGCCCUUGUCUUUGCCAACUUUGUCAAGGAGGCCGGAUUCCCCCCAGGAGUGCUGAACGUCAUCUCUGGAUUUGGCAAGGUUGCUGGUGCUGCCCUGUCCUCUCACAUGGACGUCGACAAGAUCGCCUUCACUGGUUCGACUUUGAUUGGCCGCACCAUCAUGAAGGCGGCCGCUGACUCCAACCUCAAGAAGGUCACUCUUGAGCUUGGUGGCAAGUCCCCCAACAUUGUGUUCGAUGACGCCGACAUUGAGCAGGCGAUUUCUUGGGUCAACUUUGGCAUCUACUACAACCACGGCCAAUGUUGCUGUGCCGGCUCGCGUGUGUACGUGCAAGAGGGUAUCUACGACAAGUUCGUCGAGGCUUUCAAGAAGCGUGCUCUUGCCAACUCUGUUGGUGACCCCUUCGAUGAGAAGACAUUCCAAGGUCCCCAGGUCAGUCAGCUGCAAUACGACCGCAUCAUGGGUUACAUCGACGAGGGCAAGAAGGCCGGUGCCAAGAUCGAGACCGGUGGCGAGCGACACGGAGACAAGGGUUACUUCAUUCAGCCCACGAUUUUCUCUGGCGUUACCCCCGACAUGAAGAUUAUGCAAGAGGAAAUCUUCGGACCCGUCUGCACCAUCGCCAAGUUCAAGACCGAGGAAGAGGUCAUCAAGUCUGGCAACGCCACCACCUACGGCCUCGCCGCAGCCGUCCACACCAAGGACCUCAACACAGCCAUCCGUGUCAGCAACGCCCUGAAGGCCGGUACCGUCUGGGUCAACUCCUACAACAUGUUGGAUAUCAGGAUGCCCUUUGGCGGCUACAAGGAGAGUGGCAUUGGACGUGAGCUCGGGCGCCUAGCCCUUGCCAACUACACCCAGAGCAAAUCCGUCUCGAUCCGCCUGGGAGGCGCUAUUUUCUAA